GGCGCUGGAGAGGAUCCGAGAAUGAAAAGGAGAUGGGUGUUGAAAGAGUUUACGAAAACUUCAUCAGAGCUAAUUAUGAGAUCAUCUCAACAUGUCCGCUUCGAAUAAAUUUAGAGACUUUCAAUAAUUUUUGGAUUUUCAGGUCUUUCAUGUGAUCUGGGCUACGCUUCCUUCAGUGAAAGAACGAAUGAUUCCAACGCACGAAUCUGUGGGCUUCAGAUUUCGCGUCGAGCUAAUUGAUGUGAAGAAGUUGCCGCAGACAUGCAAUGCGCGUAUUGGGGGUCAAUUUUGUCAUUUAGCCGUCCACCUGCUCCUGCUCCUUCAUUUGCCUCACAAACCGAGAUGCAAAAGAUAAAGAAAGAAGGCAGAGGAGAGAGAGAGAGAGGGGAUCAAACUCAAGUCUUCUCUUCUCUUUUCCUUUUUUUGGGCCAAAUGAGUCGUCUCUUUGCUGCGGCCGGCAUUUUUGGCCUUUCCUUUGAUCUGAAGCGUGUUCGGUGAGUACCAAGUUCGAUCGCUCUCGGAAACAGAAUAGAAGCAGAGCUCUGGUAUGAUCCAGACGUUAAACCCUUCGGUUGAAUCAGUUGUGCAUUUUCCUGAACUGGGUUACACCCAUCUUUCUCGUCCGACGUCCGAUUUCGUUGCACUCGUCUCUCAUCCUGAGCUGUGAAGCUUUCAUGUUCAGUUGAGAGAGAGAGAUGAUGACUGGUCGAAGAGACGGACCCUUGAUGCGAAGCGGCAGCUCCUCCCACUCGUUUCGGAAAUCAAGAAUCGCCGUCGCCAUUGCCGUCGGCAUUGCUAUCGGUUGCGUCUUCGCUUUCUUGCUCCCCGAUGGGCUCUUCUCCGUCGCUGGCCCUCCUCUUCGGAGUGGUCGCCUCAUCAAAGCCGAUUUUCAGGGAGAGUCCUCUUCCAGCUCCGGUGAAUCAUCUGAGCGGAUGAGCAUGUUGAAGUCGGAGUACGUGGCUGUUUCGCAGAAAAAUGCUGAGCUGAAAAAGGAAGUUAGGGAGUUGAUUGAAAAACUUAAGUUAGCUGAACAGGGGAAAGAUCAGGCUCAGAAGCAAGUUCUUGCUCUGGGUAAACAGCAGAAAGCUGGGCCAUUUGGUACUGUAAAGGGUUCAAGAGCCAAUCCCACUGUUGUCCCUGAUGAAUCUGUGAAUCCGAGAUUAGCAAAGAUAUUGGAGAAAGUCGCAGUUAAUAGAGAGCUCAUAGUUGCCCUGGCCAACUUAAAUGUGAAGGAAAUGUUGGAGGUCUGGUUCACCAACAUAAAGAGAGUGGGUAUACCUAAUUAUCUGGUUGUUGCUCUGGAUGAAGAUAUUGCUAAGUUCUGUGAGUCAAACAGUGUUCCUGUCUACAAAAGAGAUCCAGAUGAAGGUGUUGAUUCCAUAGGAAAGACAGGAGGGAAUCAUGCUGUUUCAGGAUUGAAAUUCCGCAUUUUGAGGGAAUUUUUGCAGUUGGGAUAUAGUGUUCUUCUCUCUGAUGUCGACAUAGUCUACUUGCAAAACCCGUUUGACCAUCUUUAUCGGGAUUCAGAUGUCGAGUCCAUGACAGAUGGUCAUGACAACAGGACUGCUUACGGGUUUAAUGACGUCUUUGAUGAGCCUAGAAUGGGUUGGGCCAGAUACGCUCAUACGAUGCGCAUGUGGGUCUAUAAUUCUGGUUUCUUUUAUCUCAGACCAACAAUUCCCUCAAUUGAGCUCCUUGAUCGUGUAGCUGCUAGGCUUUCUCGGGAAAAGGCCUGGGACCAGGCAGUUUUCAACGAAGAACUCUUUUUUCCUUCGCAUAACGGGUAUGAUGGUCUCCAUGCUGCCAGGAGGACGAUGGACUUUUAUCUCUUUAUGAAUAGUAAGGUACUCUUUAAAACAGUAAGGAAAGAUACCUCCCUCAACAAAAUUAAGCCGGUGAUUGUUCAUGUAAACUACCAUCCUGACAAGCUUCCACGCAUGAAGGCAGUUGUAGAAUUCUAUGUUAAUGGUAAAGAAGAUGCUCUAAAACCCUUCCCUGAUGGUUCAGAUUGGUGAAAUGCUGUUCUGGUAUUCAAAGAUGCUUCUUAGCACCUGUUGUCUUCUUAGCUGAAACUUGAAUUGUUGGGCAUCGGUAGGAUUCCAUUUGGACCUGAAAACCUUUCCUGUUGGCCUCAUCGUUUUCCAACCAAAUUUUUCUCUGAGAAUAUUACAAUUUUUUGCAAGCUGUAUCUUCAAGUAGCAUACAAACUGCUGUUUAUGUA